AUGGAGAAGCCAACUACACCUCCCCCAAUAGGUAACGCGGACAGAUCGGGCGGGUUGCUAGGCACGUCGAUACUUGCCUUAAGCUCCGUGCUCAUUUUUAUCGGCUUACGUUUUGCGACUCGAAUAUGGCUUGUGAAGAGGGUGGGAUGGGACGAUUGGUGUAUAGUGUUUGCCGGUUUUGGUCAUAUUAUCGGCAUGGGCCUGAUCACUGUUCAAAUCGGAUACGGCUUUGGGCGACCUGCGUAUUACCUCACCGAGCAUCAAUUCCAAGAGUUCAUGAAAUACUCCUACGGCGAAUGGCUGCAGACCUUUGCGACUUUGACAUUCACCAAGAUCUCAAUCUGCCUCUUGCUUCUGCGCAUCACAAUCACCAAAGCCUUCAUUAGACCGCUAUACGCCGCCAUCUUUGUCCUCGCCGUCAGCAAUGUAGUACUGAGUUUGGUAUGGAUAUUCCAAUGCACGCCGCAUCUCGAUAAAGCUUGGAAUUCGAGUCUGCCGGGAAAGUGCUUUUCCAAAGGUCAACUGGAAAGGAUCAUCAUUUCUCAAGCAAUCAUAUCAAUCAUCUCCGACUACUUCCUCUCAGCUUUUCCAAUCCUCAUACUGCGCAAGGUUCAGAUCAGCCUCCGAAGCAAGGUUGGCCUGUGCUUGCUUAUGGGUCUUGGUGUUAUCACCGGCUCAUUGUCGCUAGUUCGGACAAUUCUCAACUAUCAAAACGUAACCAAUGACCCAACCUGGCUAAGCGUACCCAAUUGGUAUUGGCGUACAUGGGAAGUCUUAUUCGGCGUUGUCGCAGCUUGCAUACCCACCUUGCGGCCCUUGUACAAAUGGCUUGUCCAAGAAUACACUCGCCUGACAAGUGAAAAAACGCCAUCGAAACCAGCGACUGAUCAGUGGAGCGCUCCGAAACCAUCCGUCGCCUUACCACCCAAGACAUACGGCGCCAAGUUCGACGAGAGUGUGCUCCGAGAAGAAGACAUGCUACCGCUGCAGAGUUUCGAGGGCGCCGGUGGCUCGGACAAUAUCGAGCGAGAGGUGAAGCAACACGCGCAGGAACGGAAGACGAGCGAAACGUUGGACUUCAAGCCGGGCUUGCACAUCCACGGGGAUCUGAGCACGAACCGGCCGGGACAUUUCAAGCGGUGGGAUUCGGAAGCUAGGAUAGGUGGCGGGCAUGGAGUGGAGGAGGUUGAAGAUCGGAUCUAG